AUGAAGGCCCUUUGUCUCCAGGUCCUGUUUGUGCUGAGGACGUUGUGCCUGGUGACCCUGGCUGAAGGUGGGACACGCUCUCCUGUUCGCUGGGCAAAGAUCUUUGCCUGCUCCAGGGUGGUGCUGAGCGGGGCCAGAGGACGGGCAGGAGCUCAACCCAAAGCACUUCUGAAGUGUUCAACCGAGUGCAGGAGUUUUACAUCUGAGAUAGCAGCGAAGCGGAUAAGGAGUUACCGGUGGACCGAACCCCAGUGUGCCAAACAAGCUGUCAUAUUUAUUACUCUGAAGUCCUUGGAGAUGUGUGCAGAUCCAGAGGCAGAGUGGGUGAAGAAGAUUGUAAAGAAACUGGACCAGAAAAAGGCCACAGCCUGCCCACUGCCUCCUGGAAAGCAAGAGCCUUCUGAUACGUUAGUUUUUACUAGUCAGGCGUUCUCAGGCCAAGCCGGAGAGCAGGUGACUAAAGAAAGACCAAGUGAUCAGCCGCUUCCCACCUUCCUGUCAAGAUCUCAAAUGCUCUUUGUCAUCCCAUUUUCUGUGGUAGGUGGUCUGCUGGCUUGCAGUAUUGCUGUUGUAUGGCUAUAUCUAAAAUCUGGUGUCAAAACAGGAGAAAUGUCCAGAGAAAUGGUACAGGGCUUGCUCUACCAGAAGGGGGGACAUCAAAAUGAUGUCUAUCCGAUGGAAGUAAUCUGA